UAAACAUGACUAACCAAUAGUAUCAGCUGUUGUAAAAUGUUUUUAGGUUAAGUUUGUGUUAUUGUUGUUCAAUAAAGUUUAAAAUUCUGGACUUUGCAACUUCUAAUAUCAUGUCGAAAGUGAAUAUCGAAGAGACAAUUCUGAAAUACGAGGCGUUUAUCAACAAUGUCCUCAAAGAGGACUUGAAACAAGUGGACCUCAGGUUACAAGGAGUCAAUACAGAGAUCUCAGACUUGAUUCAGCAAAAGCAUACCUUGAAAGUGGUCACCGAUAAGGCAGUUCAUCCUCAUGGCUUCGUCACUCAAGUGAACAUAGGCUGUAACUUCUUCAUGGAAGCAGCGGUGGAAGAUACAUCUAAUCUACUCUUCAAUAUUGGAUUAAAUCACUAUUUAGAAUUUAGCACCGAAGAAGCUAAUAAAUACUUAGAAAUUAGGAUCAAAGCGUUUGAGAAAAAAGCUGAAGAACUUAGAAACAAAAGUGCCGAGACUAAAGCACACAUUAAACUUAUGUUAUUUGGUAUUGCCGAGCUACAGAAUCAGCAAUUAGGAAUUAUUAAAAGUUAAAGUUUCAGUGCCUAGUAAAAAAAUAAAGUGUUUUUUU